CUUGGUCACACUUCUCUCCCAGGGAGCCUUACACACGUUUAAGGAUAGAUGUGUGUUUGGCAUUUCCUGUUUUGUCUAAAGAACCGUGCCAGAGUUUAACUGGUGGUGACAUUUAACGGAUAACUUUGUCCAGAUAGAAGCUUUGAAAAAUCUGAAAAGCCAUGCUGCUGUUCCUUGCCUCUCUUGUAGCCCUCUCUAGUGGUGUCUUGUCUCUGGAUAAACUAAACAUGUGUAUGGAUGCAAAGCAUCAUAAAGUGGCGCCUGGCCCUGAGGGAGCACUGUACUCUCAGUGUGCUCCCUGGCGUGAUAAUGCAUGCUGCACUGCAAACACCAGUGAAGAAGCCCAUGAAGACAACUCCUACCUGUACAAUUUCAAUUGGAACCACUGCGGUGCAAUGAGCCAGAAAUGCAAGAAACAUUUCAUCCAGGACACUUGUUUCUAUGAGUGCUCACCUCAUCUGGGACCUUGGAUACAACCUGUGGAUCAGAGCUGGCGAAAGGAGCGCAUUUUGAAUGUGCCUCUUUGUAAGGAGGACUGUGAAAAGUGGUGGGAAGACUGCAAGGACGAUUUCACCUGCAUGACAAACUGGCACAAAGGAUGGGACUGGACCUCUGGCACUAACAAGUGUCCUACUGGCAGCAAAUGCAGGAAAUGGACUGAAGUCUAUGCAACACCCAAAUCCAUGUGUGAACAAAUCUGGUCUAACUCCUACCUUUACACCACCCUUACCAAAGACUCUGGUCGCUGCAUGCAGCUCUGGUUUGACGGACCAAACCCCAACACCAAGGUUGCAGAGUAUUAUCUCAACACCGCCCACAGGGACCACAGUUUUUCUCUGACAGCGCUGCUCUUCCUGACUGUCACAUAUUUCUUUGUACAAAUGUACUAGCAUUGUGCCUAUGGAAUAUCCUUCAUCC